ACAUCUUUGAUCUAACCAGAUGAAUAAUCCUGGUUUAGCCAGUGGCACCAGGCCUACAGUUGAGGUUUAUCGGCUUAGCAGGUUUAAAGCUGCAGAUGUAGCAUACCCAGCUCCUGUUUCAUGUUUGCAUCUAGGCAAGCAUCAGGUAUCCCUGGUCUGGCUCCAACUGAUGAAAAGGAUGGCAACCUGCCAGAUAUCAUUGCCAGCAGCAGCUUACAUGAGUUUCUUGUCAACCUUCAUGAGAAAUAUGGGCCACUGGUCUCCUUCUGGUUUGGAAGGCGUCUUGUUGUCAGUCUCGGCUCCAUCGAUCUCCUGAAACAGCAUGUUAACCCCAACCGGUUGUUGGAUCCCUUUGAGACAAUGCUGAAAUCCCUCUUGAGGUACCAGUCCAGCCUGAAUGAGGAUACAGGAGAGAGUCACAUGAGGAGAAAACUGUAUGAGAAUGGUGUGACCAAGUCCUUGCAAAGUAAUGUUGCUCUCAUCCAGAAGCUGUCAGAAGAGCUGUUGGCCAAAUGGCUGUCUCUCCCUGAGGCACAACAUGUGCCACUCUGCCAGCACAUGCUGGGCUUUGCCAUGAAGUCUGUCACACAGACAGCUAUGGGCAGCAGCUUCGAAGAUGACCGGGAAGUCAUCCGAUUCCGCAGGCACCACGACGCAAUCUGGUCAGAGAUUGGAAAAGGUUUCUUGGAUGGGUCUCUUGACAAAAACAUGACUAGGAAGAAGCACUAUGAAGAUGCUCUGGUGGAGAUGGAAUCCAUCUUGAAGAAGGUUACAAAGGAGCGCCGAGGCAGAUCAUUCAACAGGCAUGUCUUUGUAGACACCUUGCUGCAGGGGAGCCUGAGUGACCAGCAGAUUCUGGAAGAUACAAUGAUUUUCUCUUUGGCAGGAUGUGUAAUCACUGCUAACUUGUGCACCUGGGCAGUCUAUUUCCUGACAACCUCAGAAGAUGUUCAGCAGAAUCUCUACAAGGAGCUGGACCGUGUUCUGGGGAAGGGACCAAUUACCCAUGAGAAAAUGGAGCAGCUCAGGUACUGCCGGCAGGUCCUGUGUGAGACAGUGCGGACAGCAAAGCUCACUCCCAUUGCUGCACAGCUGCAGGAGCUGGAGGGCAGAGUCGACCAACACACUAUCCCCAAAGAGACACUUGUGCUUUAUGCUCUUGGUGUGAUGCUGCAGGAUAGUUCAUCUUGGCCAUCACCAUACAAGUUUGACCCAGACAGAUUCAAUGAGGAAUUAGCCAUGAAAAACCUCUCCUUGUUGGGUUUCUCAGGAAGCCAGGAGUGCCCAGAGUUGAGGUUUGCCUAUAUGGUGGCCACAGUUCUGCUGAGUGUCCUGGUAAGGAAACUGUAUCUCCACCCAGUGAAAGGACAAGUCAUGGAGGCAAAAUAUGAACUGGUAACCUCACCAAAGGAGGAAGCCUGGAUAACGGUGUCUAAGAGAAGCUAAGAGCAAGCAAAACAAGGGUUAAAAGUGCCAGCAGUGAAGUUCUGAGCAAGGGUCUUAACGAGAAUCAUACUGCCACUGUGUUUACUCAGCCAAGGAAUUUUAUAUCCAGAAAAUUUUUUUACCUUCCAUAUUCUUAACCUCAUGCCUAUCUUGGGUACUCUCUCUAAUUCAACCAGUAGUCAUAUUAAAGUAGAUUUAAUCUA